AGGGAGGAUUCUCCGCUGGCCGCUUCCACCCGCGACGCAGCUCAGCCCGGGCCCACUUAGCUUAGGGGCGCCCAAAGGAGGGCUGGGGGUCAGGGCUACGUGCCGGCUCUCCGGAGGGGGGGCGCGCAGUGACCCUUCCACGCUUCCCCGUGUGCUGCUCAGUUGGGAAGCAGCGCCGGGGCAGGGAAGCCCUUCCAGCUCCUGCCUCCCGCUCUCCUUCCCCUUUUCUGCAGCCCUCUCCUUCUUCUCGCCCGCUGCUGCGGGCCCCACCGCGCCGAUCGCCCCUUCCCGCUCUCGGCGGGGUCUGUCAGGCCCGGGUCGCCCCCCCCUCCCGCGCGCUUGCCGUGGGCAGCGGCGGCGGCGGCGGCAGCGGCAGGGUUAAGGCUGAGGAAUGCGGCGGCGGCGGCGGCGAGGAAUGUGCAUGCAGAUGAGAUGGAUGUUAAUCUCAUGCUAAUGAGCGGCGGCGGCGACUGCUGCCCGGGGCUGAGCCGGGCUCCCCCGUUCCGAACCCAGACAGCGGCGGGGCUCAGCCCGGGACCCUGCCCUGGUGCUGCUGGAGCAGGCGGCGGCAGCCUAGACAUGGUGGAUUGAACCGGAGGAGGGUUUCCUGAGCGAUUGCACGAGACUCUCUACUCCCCCCCGCCCCAGGCCCGGCUCCGGACCCCCCCGCAGUCCCCCGGCUCUACUGGGGGCUUUUCCCGCUUCCCUUCUUUCUUCCUGGCCCUAUGGAGCAGCUACCCCCGGCGCCCGACCAUGCCUAGGAAAGAGGGGAAUGGGCAGCUCCCCUUACCCGAUGGCUGGGAGGAGGCGAGGGAUUACGACGGUAAAGUCUUCUACAUUGACCACAACACCAAGCAGACCAGCUGGAUCGACCCCCGGGACAGGUUAACAAAGCCUUUGUCAUUCGCGGAUUGUGUGGGGGAUGAACUACCAUGGGGAUGGGAAGCUGCAUAUGAUCCUCAGAUUGGUGUCUACUAUAUCGAUCACAUAAACAAAACCACACAGAUAGAAGAUCCCCGAAAACAAUGGAGGCAAGAACAAGAGCGAAUGCUAAAAGACUAUCUCAUGGUAGCGCAGGAUGCGCUCAGUACCCAGAAGGAGUUGUACCAGGUGAAAGAACAGAGAUUGGCACUUGCCCUGGAUGAGUAUGUACGUCUGAAUGAUGCCUACAAAGAAAAAUCAAGCUCUCGUACAAGCUUAUUCUCAGGCUCCUCAUCCAGCACAAAAUAUGACCCUGACAUUCUGAAGGCGGAAAUCUCCACUACAAGAUUAAGGGUUAAGAAGCUGAAGAGGGAGCUCUUUCAUAUGAAGCAAGAACUGCUCUAUAAAGAACAGGGCUUUGAAACAUUGCAACAAAUUGAUCAAAAAAUGUCUGGAGGUCAGAGUGGGUAUGAACUGAGUGAAGCCAAAGCCAUUCUGAGCGAGCUGAAGUCUAUCAGAAAGGCCAUAAGCUCAGGAGAAAGAGAAAAACAAGAUUUAAUGCAGAGCCUUGCAAAGUUGAGAGAGCGAUUUCACGUUGACCAGACCGUUGGGAGAUCUGAACCAGAUUUGAGGUCCAGCUCUGUAAACUCUCAUUUGUCUCUCUCUAGACAGACUCUGGAUGCAGGGUCUCAGACAGACAUUUCUGGCGAUAUUGGAGUGAAAAGUAGAUCAAAUUUAGCUGAAAAAGUCAGACUAAGUCUUCAAUAUGAAGAGGCAAAAAGAAGCAUGGCAAACUUAAAGAUUGAACUAUCUAAAUUAGAUAGUGAGACCUGGCCUGGAGCACUGGAUAUUGAGAAGGAAAAACUGAUGCUGAUCAAUGAAAAGGAAGAGCUUUUAAAAGAACUGCAAUUUGUCACACCGCGCAAACGCACUCAAGAUGAGCUAGAGCACCUGGAAGCAGAAAGAAAGAGGCUGGAAGAAGAGCUGCUGUCUGUGAAAAGCACUCCUAAUCAAGCACUUGCUGAGAGGUUGAAAUUGGAAGAGAGAAGAAAAGAGUUGGUUCAGAAACUUGAAGAAACUACAAAGUUAACUACUUAUUUGUAUUCGCAGCUUAAAAGUCUCUCCGCCAGUACAUUAUCUGUCUCUUCAGGGAGCAGCCUGGGAUCCCUGGCAUCCAGUCGGGGGUCUCUGAACACAUCCAGCAGGGGGUCACUAAACUCCCUCAGCUCCACGGAUCUCUAUUAUAACCAAGGCGAUCAAAUAACAGACUUGGACUAUCAGUAUAAACUUGACUUCAUAUUGCAAGAAAAGAGUGGUUACAUUCCUUCUGGGCCUAUCACUACUAUUCAUGAAAAUGAGGUGGUCAAUUCCCAUGGGAGAUUGGGAUACAGUGACUCUUCUGGAUCUCUGGCAGUAGGCCACCCUCCAAAAUUGACUGAGCCGCCCAAAUCUGUGACAUCACUGUCUUCAAGAUCCUCCCUUUCUUCCUUGUCCCCUCCAGGGUCUCCUUUGGUUUUGGAAGGUGCAUUUUCAGUGUCUGCCCAAGAUUCCCCCCUGCACCACCUCAUCACAGACUUUGAAGACUGUGAAUUGCCUGGUGAUUUUGCAGGUAUCAGUCUCUGUGAGAAUCAAAUGUCAUUGGACUCUGAAGCCAGAGCAAGCUCACAAGCUCUUACAGAUGAUAAAGAUCGCAAUGAAAGUGUUCGGCAGCCUUUGUCACCUUUACGUGAAGGAAAUGCAGGUGUCAACUUACCAAGAAGAGCGGUAAGUCAGCUGCUUGAGGAGAAAGCAACUUGUGUAUCUGCUGCAGUGUCUGAUGAGUCUGUGGCUGGAGACAGUGGUGUAUAUGAAGCUUCUGUAAAACAACCAAAUGAAACUGAAGAUGCUGUAUAUAGUGAAGAUGACACAACGAUUCUAGAGGCUGCCCAAGUGCAAAUAGGACUUAGAUAUGACCGAAGCAGUUCAAGUUUUGUGGUAAUUGUAAUGCAGCUCAGAAAUCUUCAUGCCUUCUCUGUCCCCUUUGGUUCCAGAGUUUAUUUUAGGGUAGCAGUACUUCCAUCUUCAGUUGAUAUCAGCUGUCUAUUCCGCACUAAAGUCCAUCCUGCUAUGGAAACCAUUUUAUUCAAUGAGAUAUUCAGAGUAGCCAUUUCCCAAGACGCUUUGCAGCAGAAGACGUUACGUGUAGAUGUCUGUUCUGUCAGUAAAAUUCGACGGGAAGAAUGCCUGGCUGGAACUCAGCUCAGCCUUGCAGAUUUAUCACUUUCUAAUGAGACCUAUACUCUGUGGUAUAAUCUGCUGCCCUGCAAGCAAAUUCCAGGCAAAAAGAACAAGGAACAAAAUGAGGAAUCGGUGUUUCUGCCUUACAAGCAAUUGUCAGGCUCGUAUGACUUGGAUGCUGUUUCGGCUCUGUUGGAGAGGACAUCUGCUGAGUUGGAAGCGGUAGAGCAAGAGCUGGCGGAGGAGGAGGAGGAGGAAGAGGGGCAGGAGCACAGGGGUGCUGAUGAAGACUGGUUAGAAAUGCUAGAAGAGGCAUCUGAUGAAAUUGUGGAUGAAGAGGAGGAUGGAGUUGAAUUGGCAGAGGAAGGAGGAUAUACAGAUAACUUGAGAUUAUGCACCGAUACAGCAGGGACAGACGAAAAGAAGGGUGGGGAAGAAAGUGACCAUGCGGAUGCCCCUGGCAAUCAGUUAGCUGCUGUAGUGCCAACUCUGGUUGAUAAAGAGACUAAUACUGAGGAAGCCGUUAAUGAGAAUAUGGCAGUCCGGCCCAAGGACAGAGCCAGCUUGAGCUCCAGACAGCGUCCCUUUGUCAGGAACAGCAUGAUCGUGCGGUCGCAAACCUUCUCUCCAGGAGAGCGGAACCAGUACAUCUGUAGGCUGAGUCGAAGUGACAGUGACAGCUCAACACUGGCCAAAAAGUCUCUCUUUGUGAGAAAUGCCACAGAACGACGGAGCCUGAGAGUUAAAAGGGCUGCAUGCCAGUCGAUCAUGCGAAGAGCUACGCAAGAGCACCCUGUACGCACUUCUCUUGACUUGGAGCUGGACCUCCAGGCAUCUCGGACCCGACAGAGUCGGCUGAACGAUGAACUUCAGGCACUGCGCAAUCUUAAACAGAAGCUUGAGGAGAUGAAAGCCAGAGCAGAGACUGACCUUCCCCAGUGUGUGUUGGAGGAUGAGCAAUUCCAAAAGCUCUUGAAACAAGCUGAAAAGCAGGCUGAACAAUCAAAGGAGGAACAGAAACAGGGUUUAAGUGCUGAAAAAUUGAUGAGAAAAGCUUCCAAGGAUGUGUGUCGGUUACGGGAACAGAGCCAGAAAGUGCCAGUGGAAGUGCAGUCGUUCAGGGAGAAGAUAGCUUACUUCACAAGAGCGAAGAUCAACAUACCAUCCCUACCAGCAGAUGAUGUAUAAUUACAUUUUUCACUGAAGUAUUUUUCCACUUGCUCAUCUUUUUAGAUGAACGUUUUGUAGUUAGAACCUCCUGCUUUUAAAGAUCUUCUAUUUUACAUCCGACUAUAAAGAUGUUCAUUUGUAAAAUACAGCGAACUGAGUUCUUGUCUGUUAAAAGGCGCCGAACAAACAAACAAACAAACAAACCACAACUAGCAGAAAACCAAAGUGGAACACUUCUGGUACACGGAUGCUAAUUUUGUACAGUUUGUAUGUAUCGCAUGUGUGCUCUUAUUUUGUAAAGAUGGAACAAAGGAAAGUGUGUAUCCUGUUGAACCGCACUGUGUUGAGAAAUAUUACGUUCAACAGAAGAUUGUUUGUCUUUUCACUAUUUUCACGUGAGCAGACUGUGAAGAUGGCUGUUAUGCCAUGCAAUAUUUUUGUACAAGUGUGACUUUUAUAGUUUGAAAUUAACCAUGAAUGCAAGCUCCUUUCCAAAACAGCAAGGCUGCCUCGUAACAGGUGCAGUUUAGAUUUCCAUCACCUACGUUGGGAUUUUGUUUCUGAAAACCAUUUCCUGACUGUCCUUUUUAUUUCUGUGAAGAAAGAAGGUGGAGUACUGAGUGCAGGAGUAUAAUUUUGUGAAUGUACAGUACUUUGGGCUGCACUGUACAGUACUUUGCAUCUGCAAGGUGGGGAGGGGAAAGGGCAGACCAGUAACCCUAAAACCUCUUAACAGUGACACUACCAAAAGGGCAGCUGCUUUCUGAAACUGAAGCUGAAUCAAAUACACAUCAAAGUGUUUAUAGAUGAGUAGUCAUACCACUGCGCUGUCAAAUCUUACGUUUAAAUGUAACCUUUUGACCUAAAUGUUGUCUACUUUUGUCAACAAGCAGUAUGUAAAAAAGAUCAGGUUCAUGAAAAAUUAAACCCGUGCUGUUGUCAGAAGAGGAAAAACUACCCAUCAAAUUCAAAAUGAAUCCACUGACGCUAGUACCGGAAGUAUUGUUGGUGUAGAAAUCCAUGCUGGAAAAAUCUGUGACCUAGAAACCAUAAACUAUUUCAGUUGGGUAUGUACUCCAGUACUCAUUACCUUUUUUUAAGUAAAUGAAACACAAGCUGUUUUUCAGAAUAAUGAUGGUUCAAGUUGAACAAACUUAAGGAGUAAAUGUGCACAAGAUGUCUAUCAAAAUAGAAUUUUCACUUAUCUGACCAGACCUUUUUGUUUCACAAUGUGGAUGUGCUUGUCAUCGUCCCUGGGGAAGCAUGCGACUGCAUCAGAUCUGGAAUAAAGCAUCUACAACACGCUGUUGGGUAAAACAAAACUUUGUGGUUGAUCUUAUAGCCAAAACAAUGUAACUCAACUUGUA